ACCACACAACACAGACACAGAAGAGAAGACAGAAGAAGUGAGACACCACACGGCAUUCUAGUCAGUGCAAAAGUCAAGCCUUCCCUUUUUGAGUGAAGAGAAAAUGAUCACUCAAAAUUUUCCAUUUCCCACUGCUUCUCACACUUUUCCUUCAACAAUGGACGUUUCUCAACCUUCACAACAUGCCUUCUAACACCCCACAUCAUGGCCAUGGAUGAAUAUCAAUGUGAUCAGAACGUCCACGUGGCAGUUGGGAAGUCUAUCAAGAAAGCUUCAACUUUGCUUCAAUGGUGUUUCACCCAUUUCAGCAAAGCACAAAUUCGCUUAAUUCAUGUUUACCAACCUUCUACUAAGAUCCCCACACUAUUAGGAAAAUUGCCAGCAUCCCAUGCUAGUCCCGAAGUUGUGUCUGCUUAUAGAAUAGAGGAAAGAGAAGAGAUCAAGAGGCUUAUGGAGAAGUACUUGAGCCUUUGCCGUAAAGCUAAGGUUAAGGCAUCCAGUGUCAUAGGUGAAGCUGAUCAAGUCCAGAAAGGGAUUGUUGAUUUGGUUACUGUGCACAAUAUCAGGAAGCUUGUUAUUGGAGCAAUACCAGAAAAUUGCAUGAAAGUCAAAAGGAAUUCCAGCAAAGCAAACUAUGCUGCUCAAAAUGCUCCUCCAUUCUGUGAAAUAUGGUUUGUCUGUAAAGGCAAGCACAUUUGGACAAGAGAAGCUUCUGAAACUCCUCGUUCUUUGUCUUCAUGUGCUCAACCUAAGACUACAACUGCAGAGGGUUUGAGCUGUAGAUCUUUUCAAUAUGGCACAAAUGAAUUACUCCAUUCAGAAUGUCUUCAAUCAAAUUCCACAAUUAUUGCAAGAAAUAUGGUUCAGAGGGAGAUCAUUGAAACAGAAGCUACUUUUUCAUCCAAAUCGUCCGGUUGUAAUAGUCAUGGUUCUCCCCAACAUUCUGCUGGUUGGUAUUUAGAUACUCAUCCAGAGUUUGAGGAAGAAACAAUUGAUAGUCAACUUAUUGAAGCCAAAAGAGAAGCUAAUGCGGCAACAGACGAGGCUCUUGCAGAGCUGUUGAAGAGCAAAAGGUUGGAAGUCAAAGCCACUGAAGCCAUAAGUAAGGUCAACUUGUUUGAAUAUGCCCAUGCACAAGAAGUAAAGCUCAGAAAAGAGGCCGAGGAUGCACUAAGAGCAACAAUACAGGAGCAACAGAUGUUCUUGGAUGAGAAAGAAGAAAUUGAUAGUGAUCUGGAAAGGAUCAUGAGAAGUAUUUCCCUUCUAGGAAGUUGUGCACAUGAAACCAAUCAUAAGCGAGAAGAAGCUGCAAAUGAACUAUUACUAAUUCAAGCAUCCAUCUCAAACCUGCGGCAUGAAAAACAGCAAAUCAGGCGACAGAAAAUGGAAGCCCUACACUGGCUUGAGCGGUGGAAAAGUUGCGAACAAGUUGAAGCAGAUCACUGCAAUGGGGUCAUUGGCUUUGCUGAAGAAUUCCCUGAGCUUUCUGAAUUUUCAUUAUCAGAUCUUCAAAAUGCCACAUGCAAUUUUUCUGAGAGUUUCAAAAUUAAGGAGGGUGGAUAUGGUUCUAUUUAUAAGGGCGAAAUGUUAGGUAGAACAGUUGCUAUAAGGAAGCUCCAUCCACACAACAUGCAAGGAUCAACAGAGUUUCAUCAAGAGGUUCAAGUUCUUGGUAGUCUCCAGCACCCUCAUCUAUUAACUUUGCUAGGUGUUUGCCCUGAAGCCUGGUCACUUGUAUAUGAGUACUUGCCCAAUGGAAAUCUCCAAGACCACUUAUACCAAAAAAGCAGUCUUCUCCCUUUGACUUGGAAUAUCCGAGCACGGUGGAUUGUCGAAAUUGCUAAAACUCUCUGCUUCUUACAUUCUUCCAAACCACAAACUAUUAUCCAUGGUGGUUUGACACUCGAAACCAUCCUUCUUGACUCUUCAUUUAGCUGCAAGAUAUGUGAAUUUGGGUUCAGCAGGCUGGUGAAAGAGGAGUCACUUUACCUUCCUAGUUUCUGCUUCAGCACUGAGCCAAAGGGUUCUUUUUCAUAUACAGAUCCCGAGUUUCACAGAACUGGUGUACUAACACCUAAAUCUGACAUAUACUCUUUUGGAAUCAUCAUAUUGCAACUCCUCACUGGUAGGACUCCAUUUGGAUUAGCUGGUGAAGUACGCAGAGCAGUUUCAAGUGGAAAAUUGUCCUCAAUUUUGGAUUCUUCAGCUGGAGAGUGGCAUUCCACUGUGGCAACACGAUUGGUUGAACUGGGAUUGCAAUGCUGCCAACUGAAUAGUAGAGAUAGACCAGAGUUAACACCUUCUCUAGUGAGAGAAUUGGAGCAGUUGCAUGUUUCAGAAGAGAGACCUGUGCCAUCUUUUUUCUUGUGUCCAAUCUUUCAGGAAAUAAUGCAUGAUCCUCAAGUUGCAGCAGAUGGAUUUACUUAUGAAGGGAAGGCCAUAAAUGAAUGGCUGGAAAAUGGGCACGAAACAUCUCCUAUGACUAAUUUAAAAUUGAGUCACCUGCAUCUCACUCACAAUCAUGCACUUCGACUUGCUAUCCAAGGCUGGCUUUGCAAAUCCUGAAGUUUCAUUAAUUCAUUUUUCAAUGUUGUAAAUAUCUACAUAUCUAAUUUUGCAUAAUUGUAUUGCUUUUCAUUAUUGCUUUCUAGCUCAAAUCAAUGAUCGUUAAGGGUUUAAUGGUACAGGGUUAGUUGGUUUCAAUUGUUUGUGCAUUGCUGAAUCAGUCUGAUAAGUUGGGAUUGGCCUAUUGUACAUCUAGAAUUGCAACCGUAGAGCUAAUAGAAUUUAUGCGAAGAUGGAUUCAAAUACCUUUUGAAUUUUGUAGUACAGACUUUGAAUUUUGUAUCACAUGAUUUGAUGAAAUAGUAAAAAUGUAAAA